AUGUAUAUCUAUCUCCCUCUUUGUCCUACUUGUUCAUUAGUAACCGUUGAAUUAUCUGUAAUUAGUCGUACUAUGACGUGUGGUCUACUAUUGCUUGUUCGGACCUACAGCUUUAUCUAUAUAACCAAUCAAAGUUAUCUUUGUUCACUUAUCCGCUUCUUAAUCGGUUUAAAACUAAAGUGGACCGUUAUGAGAAUAACUAAUCAUUCUUUUCCCUCACUAUGCCACUUAUGUUUUUUUUUUUUUUUCUUUUCUUUUACUGA